UAGAACAGCUGAAAAUAUCUCUGUUCAAAGGUUUAUACACAAAGCGCAAUAUCAGCUGUACAAACAAAUAGUAAUACGUACGAUGUUAUAAUUUACAAAUUUUUUGCUUGAUAUUUCCAGACGCGUAGGUGACAAAGACUGAAAAUGACGGCGGAGAAGACUAAAGGGCAGAACCACAAGAUGCCACCGGCCACGAAGAAGGUCGCACCUGAUGGCGGCUGGGCGUGGAUGGUCUGCCUUGGAGUCAGCUUAGUCAACUUCUCAACACGUUCGCUUGAGCCGUCCUUCGGCUUGUUAUUUAAAGACUUAUUGGACGACCUUGGAGUCCAUACUACGGGGGCAUCAGUCAUCGCCAGUACCUUGGACUCUGUAGUGAAUUUCUCCGGUUUCUUCGUGGGUCCUGUGAUAAAAACCUUUUCAUACAGAAAGGUUUGUUUCGUCGGAUCGACGAUAUGCGCUCUCGGCUUGCUCUUCACUGCACCUGCCAACAGUAUGGAGCAUAUACUGGCCACGUAUAGUAUUUUAGGAGGAUUCGGCGUGGGUCUUGCAUCAUCGUCGUCGUUCGUAUCUCUGAACCACUAUUUCUCAAAGAAACGAGGCCAAGCCGUUGGUUUAUCAAUGGCUGGUACUGGCUUCGGUUUAAUGGUAAUGCCACAACUGGUGAAGCUAUUACUGGGAGAGUAUGGAUUUAGAUGGACUGUGGUUAUUCUAGGAGCUUUAGCUUUCCAUGCUGUGUUGGGCUCGUGCUUACUCCAACCGGUAAAACGACAUCUUAUAGAAGUGCCUGUAGACUGUGAAUUACAAGCUGUGAAGGAAAUGGAAUGCAUAAACGAAAGCGACGAAGAAGCGGAAGACGACAAGUUCGAAAGUAACCCUCUUGUCAACCAUCCGAUGCCUAAACUAACCCCUCAGCGCUCCCACGGCAACAUGAACCAUCCUUCGGUUCGCACCGUCGGGUUGCCUCGUGCAAAGACUUGCGAUAAGCCCCUGCAGGACUUUGAGAAGAGUGCCAUGAAGCUUGACUUCGGUUUGACAACAGCUGCCUCUGUGGCCGCCAUGCAGAGGGUGACGUCGAGUGGGAACAUGAUGAGUGAAGCUGCGAGGAAGAGGAAACACUCUGUGAUAUCGAAUAUUUCCAAUAUGGACUUCACUGGCAGCUAUUUGCAGCUCUAUCUCGAUACGGCGGAUGAAGAUGCGUUACAAAUGAAAGCAAUAAAAAAAUUCGAGCCAGAAAAAGUAGAAGAGAAGAAGAAAGGUUUCUUCAUGAAAUUCAUAGCCAUGAUGGAUUUGGAUUUACUGAAAGACUGGUCGUUUUUGAACCUUUUACUCGGCCUCUCGCUGUUUUGGAGCGGGGAGCUUCAAUUUAGGAUGUUAACGCCUUUCUUUAUUAGGAGUUUGGGAUACAACAUGAGCGAUACGGCGUUCUGUCUGUCCAUGACUGCAAUUACUGACAUUCUAGUGCGGUUAAUACUGCCGCCUAUAUUUGAUAGAACGAAUAUAUCAAAGAAAAUGAUAUUUUUUGUAUCGUCGUUCUUCUUAGCAGCCACGAGGUCAGUACUAGCCGAGCAAAGCGAAUGGAUUCCACUAAUGAUCUGGCUGUCAAUCUGCGGGUUCUUCCGAGGCAUGUGCCUGAGCAAUUUCACGCUCACCAUAUCAGAGUAUUGCCCUCUGGAGAAAUUACCCGCGGCUUUUGGCUUGCACAUGGUCAGCAAGGGUGUAUUCGUCGUCCUUAUUGGUCCGCUCAUUGGUUACGUACGAGACUACACAGGCAGUUUUGCCAUCUGUAUCCACGUACAAAACGCUCUAAUCAUGUCGUGCGUCCUUGUAUGGGGCAUCGAAUACGCUAUCACAGGAUUGCGCAGGCGCAAGGUCGUGCAAAUCUAGUGACGUCAGCGACUCGUGAGAGUCUAUGGACUGUUUACUUUUAUACCAAGUACGUACGUUUGUAUCGCUCUCAAUUUUAGAGUUGGAAGAAUAAUUAAAAGCACGUGUUCUUUUAUUUUCGAAUUACAUGUCAUAGGGUUAAGGAUAAAUGUUUUUAGUAAAGCUCACAAUGAGAUCGCAAAUGUUUAAUCAACGUGUUUAUGUAUCUAGAGUUAGAUUGUGUUCAAGUUGAAAUUGUUACUCAACCCCACGCUAAGAUGACGCAGAUAUUUUCAAGUACUUAUGUAGUGACAAAUACUUAAACUGUAUAAGUUUAAAAUGCUUGACUACAAUAUUUUGUAAAUAUUUUACAUUUGUAUUUCUUUGUUUAGAAAUCUUUUUAGUGUUAUGUAUGAUCGAUUAAUCGAGCCUCUGUGGUUAGAGAAUGAUUUAUAGGGACAUGAUUCAAACAAUUUGUGCUUAGAAAAUCUUGUGAGUGUGCAACUAAAGGUACCUUUUAAAGAGAUUUUACAUUUAGGGUGUUACCACACUACUCGCCGAGAAUCGGCUUGAGUUGAGAGCACAAGUUAAUAAAAAUGGAUGUAAACUAUUUUGAUACUCUGGACUCAGUGCAAAUAAAUCGUAGCAGUAGAGGUUCUUGUGAAAGAGAUAGUCCGGGGUAGUACUGCCACCUUGACGGUUGCCCCCGUAAGGAUGCUGGUGAAAUUACA